CAUCGAUCCUCGUCAUAACAAACAAAGCAAAAAUGGAAAACUAGCUCAAUUUUGUUAUCUUGCAGUUUUGGUUUUCUCUACUUGGUACGACUACUUCUUGGUAGUGGUAGUUGUUCUAACCGUUGUACUCGGCACGUCAUUCCUUUUUUUUUGAGACUACAUCGUAUUAUUUAAAGAACACUUCGAUCACCUACAACUACUGCUUUUUCUUUGAGGCUAGGAACAAAACAAAAUCAAGAUGGAAAACCACGAUACUAUGAAAGACAAAUCCGCCAUUUGUCGUGUGGCUGUAAUGGCACCCGCUAGUCACAUCGCAGCUCUAGUUCCCCAUGUGUUUGAGAAAGGCGUUGCGCGACUGAAGCUCCUUUUGGAGGAAACGUUUCCAGAACGCACAAUCCAGGUCGACGAGUUAGCUUCUUGUUUUGGAAAAAAGGAGCAGCAUGAUCUUGGUGCUGAAGAAGCCGGCUUGUGCAGUUUCACAGAAGAGAGGUAUCCAAAGCCGACCUCCACCACGACGAGCACAUCAAGAAAGAUAGUGCAGUUGUCUCCGCAAGAACGUGCUCAGGAGGUGAACGAUGCUUUGUUUUCCGAAGGCGAAAAGAAAUACGAUUUCGUUUUUUGCACUAUCGGAGGUUUGGAUUCUCUUCGCCUGAGACCGUUUUUACGACUACCAAGUAGUUCUGCUUCAGACGAGGAGGAUCUUCAUCAAAUAAAAGCGAAGAAAUUUGAAUUUCUUCCCUCUUUUUUCGGUUAUUCUGAUAUCACAAGUUUACAAUGUGAGUUGUGGAACUUGGGUGUCCCCUGUUACUAUGGUGGUGCGAUCUUGGUCCAAUUUGGAGAGUCAGGCGUCGAUCCGCAUGUGAACGCUUACACUAAGGCAUCUAUCACAGCAGCUCUGAAACGAACUUGGUUCGAGCUAAAGCCUCACGGAAUCUUCGUUCCUGAUGCGCACAACUGGUUCGAUCCAUCGAAACAAAGUUUGCCCCCACGCGAAACGCCAGCGCCAGAACAUGCGUGGUAUUUUUUGCAACGAGAUCAACAAGUAGGAGGUGGUCAGCAAGGCCAAGGUCAGACUCUUCAAGAACAUGCCCAUCUUGACACAAGUAGUCCUCGUAAACGUCCUCUUCUCAUUGGGCAAGAAGACGCACAAACGUUCGCUCGCGGAACUCUUUUUGGUGGUUGUACUGAAGUUUUGAUGACUUACCUCGCUUCUGGCUAUCCUCUUCGGGUUCCUACUGCUGAUGAAAGAAUCAUUUUAUUCUUGGAAACUUCGGAGUCUAUGCCUCAUGCUGGCUCUGUUGCAGAUUUGAUUCGCGCCUUGAGUCUACGUGGUUUUCUGAAGCAUCUUGUUGGCGUUAUCGUGGCGCUUCCGAAAAUCGAGUUUCUAGGCCAAACAGCCAGACCUGAUCCCGAAAGUUUCAGAAAGGCACAGAAAACUGCCAUUUUAGAAGCGUUGAAAGAACACUACGUUGACUACACCUGUUCCAUUGCUGCUGGCCCUCUACCUCUACCAGAUAAGAUGCCAGUAGUUUUUAACAUCCAUGCAGGCCAUGUCGAUCCACAAGCGAUCGUCCCUUUAGGUCGCGAAUGCCUAUUGGAUGUGGAGAGAAAACGAAUUUUCUUCAACUACGGUGACGAGAGCUGGCGCGACGAAAUCGAAAUCUGUUGAUGAACUAGGAUUAUACUCGAAAACUGAAAAUAACCGAUUUACUGACUGAAAUAAGGGAGCAGGUAGCUUUAAGUUAAGCCUUAACAUCAAGGCUACUCUUCCUUCCCGUGAGUAUCUCGCUUAUUUCAGUUUAUCGAAUACAUGACUUUUUGAGCUGUCUGAAAAUAAGUUGUACGCAUGCUAUGUUGUCGCAUCUUCGUUCUCUUGGUAUCGACUUGAUCCAUGGAUCAAUACAUUUAUGUCUGAACCUGAAGAAAUUAUCUUGGAAACAGGUACAAGAGGAAGGCGUGACCUAAAAAAGACUCAGAAAAUAAGCGGAUCAUGUCCCCGAUCCUGAUCCAGAUCGUAGUGUCCACUUUGAGGUUGUUGUACUUUACGAU